UCGGGAAGGGGGAAACGGUACUCCGUCAUGACUAGCAAUUAUUGGUGGACACGGUUGUCCAUUAUAGCAACAAUGGUCACGGAUUAGCUGAAAAGCAGCAGUGGGUGGGGAAGCUGGCAUAGGAGCUUCCGCGCAUGUUCAGUGUGGACGCAGUGACGCAGCCGCGGGGGCAAUCAUGGCGGCUCGGUGCGUGAGGCUGGCGCGGCGCAGUCUCCCGGCGUUGGCGCUGUCGUUCAGGCCUUCUCCUCGCUUGUUGUGCACAGCUACGAAACAGAAGAAUGGCCAGAACCUGGAAGAGGACUUGGGUCAUUGUGAGCCAAAGACAGAGCCACCCUCUGCAGACAAGACCCUCCUGGAAGAAAAGGUGAAGCUGGAAGAGCAGCUGAGGGAGACCAUGGAAAAAUACAAACGAGCUUUGGCAGAUACUGAGAAUCUACGGCAGAGAAGCCAGAAGCUGGUGGAGGAGGCCAAGUUGUAUGGCAUCCAGGGUUUCUGCAAGGACUUGCUGGAGGUUGCAGACAUCCUGGAGAAGGCAACCCAGAGUGUUCCAAAGGAGGAGAUCAGCAACAACAACCCUCACUUGAAGAGCCUAUAUGAAGGGCUUGUGAUGACUGAAGUCCAGAUUCAGAAGGUGUUCACAAAACAUGGCUUGCUCAGGCUCGACCCCAUUGGGGCCAAGUUUGACCCUUACGAACAUGAGGCCUUGUUCCACACCCCUGUGGAAGGGAAAGAGCCGGGCACUGUGGCACUAGUUAGCAAAGUGGGCUACAAGCUACAUGGGCGCACCCUCAGGCCAGCUUUGGUGGGGGUAGUGAAGGAAGCUUAGCUGCCUCCCUUGGGGCUCUGGACUUUGUAGGUCACUUGUUAGAACUCGAAAGGCAGGCUUGUAAUUUCUCAUCUGUGAACACAUCUGAUCUUUGCCCAGCCUUGUUGGAAAUCUUAAGUAAGCUAAGCAGAAUGUGAAGCUGCUUGCAUACUGUGUCAGGGACUCUGGGAGCCUGGUCACUGAGUUUAGCGCCACCUACUUCAAAAGAGGGCCAGCAGGGCCUCAGGAGUAGUGUGACUAACAGACUAACAUUGUAUCUGUUCCACCUGGUGAUUGAUAAGUACUUUACACAAAUAAAAGGUCUUUGGCUAUAUCUGUGCCGCACAGUCUACCUCUGGGUGCCAAGGCACUGGUGUCACUCAGCAUGGUGGGGCCCUUUCGAAGGGUAGGGCCAGAGUGAGAACAUGAGCAUGAGUCCUUCAUAGGUAAGAUUGUAGCUGCUGUGAACUGGGAAAUGAACACCUGAACUUGAACAUACUUAGUUUUUUCCCUGUCUACAGUCUUCUCAAUAUUUAAGUCAAUAGCUAAGUAGUUGCUAAGAACAUUACACACUGUCAAGACAAACCAUUUCGAAUGUAAAAGCUUCAUGGCUAGCAUGCUUCAGGCAUUUCCACUUUUCAGGUUGUGGUUAAGAGGAUUAAAAGUCUCAUCUUUUGUGUUCCUA